AUGUCAACGGACAUUCCGGGCACGAAUCGGACUUGUUGGACAUCUCCGAACCAACUGCACCUCUCUCGAACUGCUCCAGCCAUCGUCCCCCCGCCCGCCUCUUCCUCCUCUGUUCCGCCAACUAACUCUGACACUCCUUCUGCACCACCACUUCCAUCCUCCUCCUUCUCCUCCUCUGCCCCAGCGGAGGCCGUUCAGGCUGCCGUCUCACACAUCGCCAACCACGACACAACAACCACAACCACCCCCACCCCUCCAGAUUCCAGUGAUGAGGAUCAGGAUUACACUUGCCCUCACUGCGACCGCACCUUCACCUCUCGCAUCGGCCUGGUCGGUCACUUGCGAAUCCAUCGCACAGAGGCUGGUGAACCAGUGCCUGGAGCACCAACCUACACCCACCGCACUCGCCUCCACUGCUCACACUGCCCUCGCACCUUCACUCAUCGCAUGGGUCUAUUCGGCCACAUGCGCAUCCACGAGAGCGGAAUUGACCGCAGCCUUGACACACCCACCCCGCCGAGCCCCACUCCCAAUCAAUCACCUUGCGCACCCACUAACCACUCCACAGCCGACAUCGACGCCACCGACCUUACCACCCCUCACUCCUCUCCUUCCUCCUCCUCUUCCUCCAUCACUGCCACAACGACGGCCGCUUCGGCGUCUGUCGCCCACGACCUCACCACAGCAGAACCUGACACAACAACAGGCACAAUCCCUGCAACCUCCAUCAUCAGACGUGAGGGCCAGGACUACAUCUGCCCUCACUGCGAUCGCACCUUCACUUCACGCAUCGGCCUGGUCGGUCACUUGCGAAUCCAUCGCACAGAGACUGGCGAACCAGUGCCUGGAACACCAACCUACACUCACCGCACUCGCCUCCACUGCCCACACUGCCCUCGCACCUUCAGGCAUCGCAUGGGUCUAUUCGGCCACAUGCGCAUCCACGACGACCUGCGGUAG